AUGGCUAGGCGCCUCACAGCUGAAGAGAAAGGAAAAUAUUUAGCCACUGGAUUUAUGGAGCCACAAAUCAAGAGGAUUAGAGCCCUGCCGUUAGAUACUACGACUUUGAUCGAAGAGAACUCCCGAACUCUGAUAGGAAGGCUAACAAACCCGACAGAGCAACGUCUUUGGGCCCUCAUCCCCUCUCUACCUAGAAAAUGGAAUGCACAAGGUAGAGUGAUAGGGUCAAAUCUUGGGAAUACAUGUUUCCAGUUCAGGUUUGAGAAGGAAGAAGAUCCACAGAGAGUUCUAGAUAACAGACCUUAUCACUUUGGGUACUGGAUGGUCAUCCUAGAGAAAUGGCAGCCUAUCAUUGCUGAUACGUUCCCCUCAACCAUACCUUUUUGGGUCAAGAUCAAAGGAUUGCCUCUCCAUUUCUGGCAUGAAGACAUGAUAUGCAGGAUUGGAAAGGAGCUGGGAACUUAUGAGAAGCACGAACUGACAAAGACAUCUGCAAGAGUCAGAGUGGCAGUAAACGGCCUCAACCCACUGGUGAAAGAAACUAUAAUAGAAUUCGACUCAGGUGAAGAAAGCAAAAUCACCUUGGAAUAUGAGCGCCUAGAGAACCACUGCACAAUUUGUCUGCUUCUUUCACACAAGAGUGAACAUUGUCCAUCACGAGCCCCUGAACCAUCACCAAGAGAGAAUCCCCGACUGGAGAUUGCAAGUGACCGCAUGAAUCAGCCAACAGAGACCACUAGUCUCUAUCAAGCUCGGAAGUACCCAUCUCAACAUGAAUCUUCCCACAAGGAGAGAGGGAAAGUAGCAGAGACUUCACACAGAGAGUGGAUAGACAUGGGAGAACCUUUGGGGAUAGGGUUAGUACAAGACACACCAGGAACCUUCCACCGGUUCAAGAACGUCUCUUGGUGA